GGACGCGGGCCGGACCGGCGCUGGGGCGGCAGCGAUGGCGGAGGGCGGCAGCGAGAGGAGCGGCAGCGUCGCCGGAGGGGAGGCCACCGCUGCGUCGUCACCGCCGUGCUCCCCUCCGGCGGCCGUCGGGGGCGAGGGCGGCGGGGCGAAGCCGCUGAGCGCGGCGGAGUACGCGCGGCGCGUGCACCAGUGGCUCUGGGACUCGUACUGCGGGUACCUCAGCUGGCAGGGCUGCCUGCCCGCCCUCCUCGCCGCCUCCGCCGCCGCCUCCGCCGCCGCCUCCUCCCCGCCGCCGGGGGCGGCCGCCGCCGCCGCCUACUACAGCCCUUUCUACCUCUUCGCUCCUGCGCCAGCCCACACGGCCACCGCCGGGUCGGGGCCCCGCGCCGCUGCCGCCCCCGCCCCGGCUUGGCCGGGAGCGGCGGGUAGGUUGGCCCCUCUGCCCAGGGCGGCCUCCGGCAGCGCCGCCGGCACCAGCGGCAGCGGCGCCCCCAGGGAGACGGGGCGGCCGGCAGGUCGGGAGUUUGUUAUCCCUUCAUUGGCACACAGGUUCAUCGCAGAGAUGGUGGAUUUUUUUAUUCUGUUCUUUAUAAAGGCAACCAUUGUUUUAAGUAUUAUGCACCUCAGUGGAAUAAAGGACAUCUCUAAAUUUGCCAUGCAUUACAUCAUAGAAGAAAUAGAUGAAGAUACGUCCAUGGAAGACUUACAGAAAAUGAUGAUAGUAGCUCUCAUCUACAGGUUAUUAGUCUGCUUCUAUGAGAUAAUCUGUAUUUGGGGAGCAGGUGGAGCAACCCCAGGGAAAUUCUUGCUUGGACUGCGAGUUGUGACAUGCGAUACAUCUGUACUUAUUGCGCCCAGCCGUGUGUUAGUCAUUCCAUCUUCUAAUGUCAGUAUGACAACGUCCACAAUACGAGCUUUGAUCAAGAAUUUUUCUAUUGCUUCGUUUUUUCCUGCAUUCAUUACAUUGCUGUUUUUCCAGCAUAACAGAACAGCCUAUGAUAUUGUAGCAGGGACUAUUGUGGUAAGAAGAAACGGAGUCAGAUGAUACCAAAAGAUGAGAUUUCCAGACUGGUUUUGAACAUCCCCUCCCACCCACAGUGAACAAAGACCUACCCCAAAACUGAAAUUGAGGCAUCUAUCAGAAUCUUUUGCCCAAAUUAAAUGGGAACUGAUUCAGAAGCUAAAGAAAAUGUUUUGCUCCAGUAUGAUGCCAGCAGCUACCUUCAAAGUAUUGGAGUUUUCAUAAAUGCCAAAGACGUUUGGGAGAAACAAUACCUAUUAAAUCUGGAAGUAUUAACCUCUGAUGAGAAAGUAAGUGGCUGUAUUAACUGCAGAAAGGAGCUGUUCUGUUCGUCAGUCUGUGGAAAGCAGAUGCCUAGAAAUACUCCACCUUAAAAAAAAAACGUUGCUCCUACUGUUUUGGACGUUGGCAGGUAACUAGAAAAUCAAGUUGUUUUCCGGGCAGUUGCUGAAGUCAUAUGAUAAACUCUGAGGAGAAGAGAACUGCAGUAUUAGACAGUAAGGCAAAUCAUGUUAAUUAAAUUGCCAUGUGUGUAGAAAGAGAGAUGAGCAGUGUUCAUCAUGUCCUUUAUUAUUGCUUCACAGAUAAUAUUCCCUCACCUCUUGAAGUAUUUUAUCAAAACAUUGAUGUGAAGAGUUUUUUGCAUGAUUGUCUCAAGCAUUGUCAGUUAUUUCACAUGUCAGAGCUAAUAAAGAGGUGAAGUAAUAGCUGCUUUUUCUCUGGGAAGGGUGUGUUACACUGCAGUGUUAGUGAAUUGGUGUGUGUAAAUAAUUCUGGAGCUAUGAACAGUACAGAUCAUGCUAAUGAAAGGUAACUUUUUUUGCUUCUGUUUGGAGUGAAAGCACUUGUCUAUUUCUUGCAUAUAAUACCAAGCAAAGCAAUGGAAUGUGUUUCAGGAGCAUGCAGAAAACAUUAACUGAAAUGUGUUAUGGGUGUAAAUCUACAGAAGUACAAAUACUGGUUAUUUUCACUUUAUAAUUCUGGCUAAUUGUUUGUAUAUUCAGAAUAACUUAAAUACUGAAUAAAGAAGCCUAAUAUUUUGCAUGAU